GGUGGUCUGCCAUAUUGUCUCUGAUACAGCAGAAAUCAUACACUGGCACGGGCGCACCGGUGAAGGAGGGAGGCGAGGACUCUUAGUUUGCAGAAACCCUCAUUAUUUGGAAGCAUUUCGGUCGUAGAACUGAUCAAGGGGCUUUCCCACCUUGCCCCUGGUGGCCCCUCCCCCCAUCCUCAGGCAAAACCCCCCCCAACCCUAUUCCCUUGUGGGAUCGACCCCCUCACCCCUACCUCCCCCCCCAUCCCCUCUUCCUCCCCCCCAGCCUCCAUCCCUCUGGCUGUCAUCCGCUGCAGUAAGAUUUCCCCAUCAUAUCCGCCAAGCUGUCGGACAUGUCAGGACCCGUGCCAAGCCGGGCCCGAGUGUACACAGAGGUCAACACUCACCGGCCAAGGGAGUACUGGGACUACGAGUCCCAUGUGGUUGAAUGGGGAAACCAGGAUGAUUUUCAGUUAGUGCGGAAGUUGGGACGUGGCAAGUACAGUGAAGUCUUUGAGGCAAUCAACAUCACCAAUAACGAGAAGGUUGUGGUGAAGAUACUCAAGCCUGUAAAGAAAAAGAAAAUAAAACGUGAAAUUAAGAUUCUGGAGAACCUGCGUGGAGGUCCUAACAUAAUCUCUCUAAUCGAUAUAGUGAAAGACCCUGUAUCCCGAACACCCGCCUUAGUCUUUGAACAUGUUAACAACACAGACUUCAAGCAACUAUACCAGACCCUGACGGACUUUGAUAUUCGAUUCUACAUGUAUGAGAUCCUCAAGGCUCUGGAUUACUGCCAUAGCAUGGGAAUAAUGCAUAGAGAUGUGAAGCCACAUAAUGUGAUGAUAGAUCAUGAGCACCGUAAGCUGCGUCUUAUUGACUGGGGUCUGGCUGAGUUUUACCAUCCAGGACAGGAGUACAAUGUCAGAGUUGCAUCUCGCUACUUUAAAGGACCCGAACUUUUGGUGGACUAUCAGAUGUAUGACUACAGCCUCGAUAUGUGGAGCUUGGGCUGCAUGCUGGCAUCCAUGAUCUUCAGAAAGGAACCUUUCUUUCAUGGUCAUGACAAUUAUGACCAGGUGAAUAAAUCUAAGCUAUUAUUGUCCAAGGUGCUGGGGACAGAAGACCUCUACGACUACAUAGACAAAUACAACAUUGAGCUGGAACCUCGCUUCAAUGACAUUCUUGGCAGGCAUUCUCGUAAGCGGUGGGAGCGAUUUGUCCACAGUGAGAACCAGCACCUGGUCAGCCCCGAGGCUCUGGAUUUCCUAGACAAACUGCUGCGCUACGACCACCAGGCCAGACUCACUGCCCGCGAGGCCAUGGAUCACCCAUACUUCUUCCCUAUUGGGAAAGAUCAGUCUCGUGUGACCGGAUCAGCCAACCUACCCAGUGGGAACCCUGCUGUUAGCACAGCAAACAUGAUAACUGGUAUCUCUGCCUUGCCAGCCUCUACUGCCCUGGGGCCUCUCACUGGCUCACCUGUCCUAUCUGCUGCCACCAAUGCCCUGAGCACCCCGGUGCCCGCUGCUGCUGGCGCCCCACAGUGACACCCUCACCCAGAUUCACACUAAAAACACCCCCACCCCUCCCUGUCUUAUCAAUCUCCCACUUUCACCACCACCCAGUCAGGAUGGGGGAGGGGUGUCUUAGCCGUUCUCUGCCAGCCGUCACCAUAUCCAACUUAACUCGGUGUGACUACGCUUCAGCAGCUGGAGGCAGCAGUUAUCUUACAGAAAAGAGCUGUUUUCCCUCCUGUGAAUGAGAGUGUUAACAUGACAUAUGAAAUGAA